UAGGAGCAAAUCUGAGCUGCCGAGCAGGGUGGCGGUUCCUUUCCUGGAUUAGGACCCAGGCCGUGGGAACCGGACCACCCCUGAGGCAGGAGGGCCGCCCCAAUGUCUCCCCGGGGCCUGGGCCUGCCCCGGAGCCCCUUCCUCCUGGGGAGGGGGGGCCCUGGGCUCAUGUCCUCCCCACCCCUCCUGCCUCCUUCCCUGCAGGUGAACUUCCACAGCCCCCGGAGUGGCCAGAGAUGCUGGGCCGAGCGGACCCAGGUGGAGAAGCGGCUGGUGGUGCUGGUGGCACUUCUGGCAGCAGGACUGGUGGCCUGUGUGGCGGUGCUGGGCGUCCAGUACCGGACAAGAACGCCCUCGGUGUGCCUCAGCCAGGGCUGCGUCUCAGUGACCAGCUCCAUCUUGAAUUCCAUGGACCCCAGGGUGGACCCCUGCCAGGACUUCUUCACCUAUGCCUGCGGCGGCUGGAUCAAAACCAACCCCGUGCCUGAUGGCCACUCGCGCUGGGGGACAUUCAGCCACCUCUGGGAACACAACCAAGCCAUCAUCAAGCACCUCCUUGAAAAUUCCACAGCCAGUGUGAGCGAAGCAGAAAAGAAGGCCCAGGUGUACUACCGCGCGUGUAUGAACGAGACCAAGAUCGAGGAGCUCAAGGCCAAGCCCCUGAUGGAGAUGAUUGAGAGGCUCGGGGGCUGGAACAUCACAGGGCCCUGGGACAAGGACAACUUCCAGGAGAUCCUGGAGGCGGUCACAUCCCGCUACCGCACCUCGCCCCUCUUCUCCGUCUAUGUCAGCGCCGAUUCCAAAAACUCCAACAGCAACGUGAUCCAGGUGGACCAGGCUGGCCUGGGCUUGCCCUCCAGGGAUUACUACCUGAACAAAACGGAAAAUGAGAAGGUGCUGACGGGUUACCUGAACUACAUGGUCCAGCUGGGGAAGCUGCUGGGCGGAGGGGACGAGGACGCCGUGCGGCCCCAGAUGCAGCAGAUCCUGGACUUUGAGACGAUGCUGGCCAACAUCACCAUCCCCCAGGAGAAGCGCCGGGACGAGGAGCUCAUCUACCACAAAGUGACAGCAGCCGAGCUGCAGACCUUGGCGCCCGCCAUCAACUGGCUGCCCUUCCUCAACGCCAUCUUCUCCCCUGUGGAGAUCAAUGCGUCCGAGCCUAUCGUGGUCUACGACAAGGAGUACCUCAGCCAGGUCUCCGCCCUCAUCAACAACACUGACAAGUGGUUCGCCAUCACUGCACCAGGCACUGAGGGCUUUUCAGACCGAGGCUCUGCCCUGAAAACAACUGGCUUCCUUGAUCAGCGCUUUCAGGAUGCCGACGAGAAGUUAAUGGAGAUCAUAUAUGGAACCAAGAAGACCUGCCUUCCUCGCUGGAAGCUGUGCGUGAGUGACACAGAGAACAACUUGGGCUUCGCCCUGGGCCCCAUGUUUGUGAAAGAGACCUUCGCCGAGGACAGCAAGAACAUAGCCAGCGAGAUCAUCUUGGAGAUCAAGAAGGCGUUCGAGGAGAGCCUGAGCAGCCUCAAGUGGAUGGAUGAAGACACGCGGAAAUCAGCCAAGGAGAAGGCGGACGCCAUCUACAACAUGAUAGGCUACCCCAACUUCAUCAUGGACCCCAAGGAGCUCGACAAAGUGUUCAACGAUUACACAGCAGUCCCGGACCUCUACUUCGAGAACGCCAUGCGCUUUUCCAACUUCUCCUGGAGGGUCACUGCCGACCAGCUCAGGAAAGCUCCCAACAGAGACCAGUGGAGCAUGACCCCUCCCAUGGUGAAUGCUUACUACUCGCCCACCAAGAACGAGAUUGUGUUUCCGGCCGGAAUCCUGCAGGCCCCGUUCUACACCCGCUCUUCACCCAUGGCCUUAAAUUUUGGCGGCAUCGGUGUCGUCGUGGGCCACGAGCUGACUCAUGCUUUUGAUGAUCAAGGACGCGAGUAUGACAAGGACGGGAACCUCCGGCCCUGGUGGAAGAACUCGUCCGUGGAGGCUUUCAAGCGGCAGACCGAGUGCAUGGUGCAGCAGUACGGCAACUACAGCGUGAACGGGGAGCCGGUGAACGGCCGGCACACCCUCGGGGAGAACAUCGCCGAUAACGGGGGCCUCAAGGCGGCCUACCGGGCCUACAAGAACUGGGUGAAGCGGAACGGGCCCGAGCAGACGCUGCCCACCCUGGGGCUCACCAACGACCAGCUCUUCUUCCUGGGGUUCGCGCAGGUCUGGUGCUCCGUCCGGACGCCCGAGAGCACCCACGAGGGCCUCAUCACGGACCCCCACAGCCCCUCCCGCUUCCGGGUCAUCGGCUCCGUCUCCAACUCCAAGGAGUUCUCGGAACACUUCCACUGCCCGCUGGGCUCACCCAUGAACCCGCGUCACAAGUGUGAAGUCUGGUGAGGGGCG